UGUGGGACGUGCAGGUGAAGACGAGAGCAGGUGGGCCUCCAUUGAGGAUGACAAUGGAAGAGAUGAAGAAUGAAGCUGAGACAAAUUCAAUAGUCUCUAUGACACUGUAUGCAGUCAUGUACCCAGUCUUCAAUGAGUUGGAGAGGAUAAACCUGUCAGCAGCACAGACGUUGCGGGCAGCAUUUAUCAAAGCAGAGAAAGAGAACCCAGGCCUCACUCAGGAUAUCAUCAUGAAGAUACUGGAGAAGAAGAGCCUGGAGAUCAACUUCACAGAAUCACUACUGCGCAUGGCUGCAGAUGACGUGGAAGAGUACAUGAUUGAAAGACCAGAGCAGGAAUUCCAGGACCUAAACGAGAAAGCACGAGCCCUCAAACAUAUCUUGAGUAAGAUCCCAGACGAGAUCAACGACAGAGUGCGCUUCCUACAGACCAUAAAAGACAUCGCCAGUGCCAUAAAAGAGCUGCUGGACACAGUCAACAAUGUGUUUAAGAAAUAUCAGUAUCAGAAUCGCAGGGCACUUGAACACCAAAAGAAGGAGUUUGUGAAGUACUCCAAAAGCUUCAGUGAUACGCUGAAAACAUACUUCAAAGAUGGAAAGGCAAUAAACGUCUUUAUCAGUGCCAACAGGCUUAUCCACCAAACGAACUUGAUACUACAGACCUUCAAAACCGUGGCCUAGGAGACGAAGCUGUGACGUGUGCAGGAGUGUGGAGCCAGUUAUUUGUAAUAUACAAAGAUAUUUGUCUUUUCAAAGUAUAAUUUAUCAACUUUGCCUCAUUUGAAGGAACUUGAAAUGGGGAGUUCAAGACACGUUAAUUUACUCUUAGCUGAAUAAUUAUGAUUUUUACCAUUACUGACAGCUUCAUUACCUUUUUCUUUCACUAUGGUUCCGAUCAAACGAAAGCCAAAAGAUUUUGCGCCUUAA